UAACUAAUUUCAACUGAAAUAAUUCACCACGAUUUUAAGAUGUUUCGAUAGGAAAGUAACUACCACAAAUCACGACAUUCGACUUGCAUAUCGAUAAGUUAUUUCUCCCAGCCCUUGAUUCUAUCGAGUCUGGUUUGUUUUUCUUAAAAAAUUCCAAAUAUUUAAAAUAAUUGUAAAUGGGCGAAGAAACAAGCAAUUCCACGCAAAAUAAAACACGGACAAAGACCACGCGACCUAAGGCGGUUUACCUGUGGACAGUGAGCGAUGUGCAAAAGUGGUACCGCCGCCACUGCGGCGAAUACACCCAGUACGAGCAGCUCUUUGCCCAGCACGACAUUACGGGAAGAGCUCUGCUACGCAUCACAGAUUCCUCACUGCAGCGAAUGGGCGUGUCGGAUAACCGGGAUCGAGAAGCCAUUUGGAGAGAGAUUGUUAAGCAACGACUCAAAACGGACAUCAUGGAAAUCCGCGAUAUGGAGAGACUCAACAUACAUUCGUAAUUGUGAGCUUUCUGUUCUAGUUAAAUUUUGUUUUAGAUGUAGAAUAAUUAUUACUUAAUAUUAUAAUAUAUAUAUAUAAUUAUAGUUCAUAUUCAGAUUGAUCUACAGGCUUAACCAAAACUUGCUUAAUUCAAAAUCCAAGACUAGUUCCAUGUUUAUUUAUAGGAGAUCCAUUUCAGAGUAUACUAUACUUAAGACCAUAUUCGUUC